CACCUUAGAGAAGAUAUACCAUUGUCUUCCUAUCUUCCAUGGCCAACCUGAACUCUCUCCCUUUAUAUGAAAUAAUCCAGCGUAAAAAUGGUGUAAAAAGAGUCGUUGAAAUCAUAAUCUUGUUCCUUCUCCUUUCUCUCCUUAUUUAUCGUCUUCUCUUCCUCAACGACCAUGGCCUCACUUGGCUCCUUGCCUUACUAUGCGAGUCAUGGUUUACCUUCAAUUGGGUUCUCAUCAUCAACAUCAAAUGGAAUCCUGUGGAAUACAAAACGUACCCGGACAACCUCGUACAACGGGCAAUUGAGCUUCCGUCGGUGGACAUGUUUGUGACAACUGCAGACCCUGUGCUAGAACCUCCUAUCAUCACCAUAAACACCGUACUCUCUUUAUUGGCAAUUGAUUACCCAGCUCACAAGCUAGCCUGCUAUGUUUCCGAUGAUGGCUGUUCUCCCUUGACCUACUACUCUCUUUCCGAAGCCUUAAAGUUUGCCAAGCUUUGGGUUCCAUUCUGUAAGAAGUACAAUAUUCAAGUCAGAGCUCCAUUUAGAUACUUUUCCAAUGAUUCCCUAACGUCCAGUACUAAUAGCUCUAAUUGGGAGUUCCAUCAAGAAUGGAGAAGGAUGAAAGAUGAGUAUGAGCUGCUUUGCCAUAAAAUUGAGGAUGCCGCCCAAAAGUCGAGGCCAUGUGAUUUUACUGGGGAAUUUGCAGAAUUCUCAAAUGUAGAACGCAAAAACCAUCCAAGUAUUAUUAAGGUUAUGUGGGAGAACAAGGAAGGUCUUGUAGAUGGGGUGCCACAUUUGGUCUAUAUAUCUAGGGAGAAGCAGCAUAAGCAUCCUCAUAAUUCCAAAGCCGGUGCCAUGAAUGUCCUGACGAGAAUCUCUGGAUUGAUGACAAAUGCUCCCUAUAUGCUGAACGUAGACUGCGAUAUGUUUGUCAACAACUCAAAUGUUGUUGUUCAUGCAAUGUGCCUACUAUUAGAUUCCAACAGUGAAAAGGAAUUCGCGUUUGCUCAGUUCCCACAAGUGUUCUAUGAUGGAUUAAAGGAUGACCCCUAUGGCAAUCAGUACGUGGUCUUGCAUGAAUAUACGAUGCAUGGAAUAUCUGGAAUUCAAGGAUCUUUAUAUGGGGGAACAGGAUGUUUUCAUAGACGAAAAAUUAUUUAUGGCCUCUCUCCAAAUCAUAUGGUAGACUCAAUUGAUGGAAAAUUGGCUGAUGAAGAUACACUUCGAGAAUUUGGGAGUUCAAAGGAGCUGAUUAAAUCAGUUGUUCUAGCUUUGAAAGGGAACACAAAUCCAUCUAAUUGUCUUUGCCCCUCUAUUCAGGCAGCAUACCAAGUUGCUAGCUGCGAGUAUGAAUAUGGUACAAGCUGGGGCACAAAGCUUGGUUGGAGAUAUGGAUCGACAGCAGAGGACACUAACACUGGGCUAAUGAUCCAUACAAGGGGUUGGAGGUCCGUCUUUUGCACGCUCGACCCAUUAGCCUUUUUAGGGUGUUCACCCUCGGAUGGGCCUAAUGUGAUGACCCAACAGAAGAGGUGGGCCACCGGCCUGCUUGAAAUUCUAUUUAGCAAGAAUUGUCCCAUAUUUGGCACCCUCUUUGGGAAGCUCCAACUGAGGCAAAGCUUGGUCUAUUUGUGGCUCAUCUUUUGUGGCCUACGCCCGGUGCCUGAGCUAUGCUAUGCUGCUCUUCCCGCAUAUUGUAUCAUCACCGACUCCUUCUUCUUGCCAAAGGUUCAUGAACCAGCAUUCUCUUUACUAGUUGCUCUCUUUGUCAUUUACAACCUAUACACUUUAUCUGAGUACCUAAAAACUGGCCAAUCAGUUCGAGCUUGGUGGAAUAACCAAAGAAUGUUAAGAAUUACCGCCAUGAAUGCAUGGUUCUUCGGAUUUCUGAGUGCCAUGCUCAAGCUCUUAAGAAUAUCGGAGACAGUCUUUGAAGUGACAAAAAAAGACCAAUCUAGUGAUGCUUCCAAUGAAGAUGAUACCGGUAGGUUCACCUUCGACGACUCUCCAAUUUUUGUGCCUGGCACAACCAUUUUGCUACUUCACUUGACUGCAUUGGUUGUGAGCUUGUUGAAGUUGCAACCACUAGCUCAUGGCGGCGGGCGUGGGGCAGGGCUAGCAGAGGUAUUGUGUAGUGUGUUGUGGUUGCUAUGCUAUUGGCCAUUUUUGAAAGGGCUGUUUGGGAAAGGGAAGCAUGGGAUUCCCAUGUCCACCAUAUGCAAGUCAGCUGCUUUGGCAUUACUUCUUUUGCACUUGUGUAGAAAGACCACUAUGGGUUGAGCGAGUGCUUGGACACGCAAUUACUUUUUUAGGCCAUGUUAUCCAUUUCAAACAAGAUUUAUUCAGGGAAUUAUAUGUUUCUUAACUAUUUUUCA